CUCAGAACUGAGAACAAAACACUGUGAACUGAAAAAGAGUGUUUGAUUUCAAAUCGAUGAACGAAGAAGAGUAGAAGAAAGAACGAAGUGAAGAAGAUGAAACGUUUCUUCCAGGUUAUCAACAAAGACUCCGAUGGUUCAUGCAAGAAGCCCAAAGAGGAAGGAAAUUACGAUAAUGCCACUGACACUGACACUCAGAAGAAAAAGGAGCCAUUGAAGUUCGUUACUUGGAACGCCAACAGCUUCUACCUCCGCGUCAAGAACAACUUCCCUGAGCUAUGCAAAUUCGUCACUUCCUUUGAUCCUGACGUCAUUGCAAUUCAGGAAGUGCGGAUGCCUGCCGCUGGAUCUAAGGGCACACCCAAAAAUCAGGGAGAACUUAAGGAUGAUACAACCGCGUCCAGGGAAGAGAAGGCGGCAUUGAUGCGUGCACUUUCAGCUCCACCUUUUGGGAACUAUCGUGUUUGGUGGUCUCUGGCAGAUUCAAAGUAUGCAGGGACAGCACUAUUUGUGAAAAAAUGCUUCAAACCAAAAAAUGUCUUUUUCAAUCUUGAUAAAAUAGCUUCAAAGCAUGAACCAGAUGGCAGAGUAAUCUUGGUUGAAUUCGAAACCCUUCGGUUGUUGAAUACAUAUGUUCCAAAUAAUGGGUGGAAAGAGGAACCAAACUCAUUUCAAAGGAGAAGAAAAUGGGACAAAAGGGUUCUAGAAUUUGUUACACAAAAUUCAGACAAGCCUUUGAUAUGGUGUGGGGAUCUAAAUGUGAGCCAUGAAGAGAUUGAUGUGAGUCAUCCAGAGUUUUUCAGUGCAGCGAAACAAAACGGCUAUGUUCCUCCAAAUAAAGAGGAUUGUGGGCAGCCUGGCUUUACUUUAUCUGAAAGAAGACGAUUUGGUAACAUCUUAAAAGAGGGACAGCUGGUAGAUGCCUACAGAUUUCUGCACAAGGACAAGGACAUGGAACGAGGUUUCUCAUGGUCCGGAAACCCAAUAGGAAAGUAUCGAGGAAAACGGAUGCGAAUAGACUAUUUCCUAGUUUCAGAAAAACUCAAAGACAGGAUCGUUGCAUGCGAAAUGCAUGGACAUGGAAUAGAGUUACAAGGCUUUUAUGGAAGUGAUCACUGCCCUGUUACAUUGGAGCUCUCUCCAAGUUCCAACACUCAAAAUGAGAAUCCAGAAUGACAAUUUCUUUGCUUCUUAUUGGACAAAACCACUGCCUUCAAAUUUUCUUUCUUCUCUCCAUAUUCAAAUAUUGAAUAUUUUGUUAAUUAGGAAGUCAUUGUAAACUUUGUGUCUAUUCAUGGAAAUGCUUAAUGUUAUGGUAUUGAUUAGGUGCUUUAUUAAGCUUUAUCAUGGUCUAUUUGUUGAUAACUACCCACAUUAAGUGAAACACUAACUUCUAACAAUGCUAUUGCCACAAAUGGCAUUCACUUUAUUAAGUAAUUGGGGUCAUCA